AUGCGGUGGACGCUGAUGCUGCCGCUGCUGCAGCUCCUGCUACAACUGCUGAUGGUGCAGAGUCAGAGCCUGGAGGGACCUUCCCAAAAGACUAUCCCCCUCUUCCGACUCACUCAACAGGGAGUCUGGGACAGCCUCGAUCGCCACGCCACCGACUCUCCCUGCGAGGGGCUCCCCGUCGCGGGAGCCACGGCCCUGAACCUGGCGAACCGCAGCCUGGAGAGCCUGCCCAGCUGCCUGCCGCGCACGCUGCGCAGCCUCGACGGCAGCCACAACCUGCUGCGCGCCCUUAGUGAGCUUGUGCUCGGCCGCCUGCCCGAGCUGCGCGUGCUCACGCUGCACCACAACCGCAUCUCCGUGCUGCACUGGGGCCGCAGCACACUAGCCGGGCUGCGUGAGCUCGACCUCAGCCACAACCUGCUGACCGAGCUGCCGCCCUGCGUGGGGCCCUCGGGGAGCAGCCUGCGCUCGCUGGCGCUGGCCGGGAACCCACUGCGGGAGCUGCAGCCACGGACCUUCACUUGCUUCCCAGCGCUGCAGCUUCUCAACCUCUCCUGCAGCGAGCUGGGCCACAUCGCCCAGGAGGCAUUCGCUGGGGUGGACGGUGGGCCCCUGGCGGCGCUGGAGCUCUUGGACCUGAGUGGCACGAGCCUGGAAAGAGUUGACUCUGGGUGGAUCAGAAACCUGCCAAAGCUCAAAUCCCUCUACCUGAGAAAGAUGUCCAGGCUGAAGACACUGGAGGGAGACAUUUUCAAGAUGACUCCCAACCUGCAGCAGCUGGAUUGUCAAGAAUCCUCAGCACUUACGUCUGUCAACACAGAGAUCUUUCAGGACACACCCAAUCUACACGCUCUUCAGUUCCAGAACUGCAACUUGAGUUCCUUUGGUCCUUGGACUGUGAAUUCCUCCCAGAUCUUGUUCAUCAGCCUCUUUGACAACCCUCUCAUUUGCAGCUGUGAGCUGGCUUGGCUUCUCAUGGAUGUAAACAAAACUGUCUUACACAGGGCAGGAGAUACCAUGUGUGAGCCUGCUUUAGGAUCCACGGGCCCCUUCUCAGGCCCUCUGUCCCUCUCCCACCUGUCAAAUGUGUGCAGGUCAGACCAAAGCACCACCCUCCUGGCUUCAAACCUACCCCGCUUCGAUCACUUCGUUUCUGCACCACGGACACAGGGGCCUUCCAUUGGACAGAGCAUGGCGCUGUCUGCUCAGCCUGGAAGAAGUCAACAAAAUAUCACCAAAGUCCCCUCCCUCCUCAUGGCUUCACCCACACGGAUGUAUAAAGAUACUUCAGAGGAAACUGCCCAUUACACUACUAACUCUGAGAUAGUUUACAGUCCUUCCAGGGCUCUGCCUGGCCGUGCCAGUUCAGGGGCAGAGCAGACUGCCAAACAUAUCCUUGAACCCAGUAUCUUAUCUGCCUCUACCCCAUUAGUCAGCAAAUACAUUGAACCCUUGCCUACUUCACCGAACCCUAGGAGUAUAUCUCAGACCAACCAGAGGACACAAGCCACCCCCAAGGCUCUUCACACAGAUCCCCCACAGGAUGAGAUUCCAGUUUUGCUGUUAGAUGAUGAUAGCGAGGAAGAGACUCAAGGCCAGGUGGCAGCACCUCACCAGGAUGUAUCUUGUGAUUACCACCCCUGCAAGCAUCUGCAGACCCCAUGCGCAGAGCUGCAGAGGCGCUUCAGGUGCCGCUGCCCUGGUCUCAGUGGGGAGAAUACCAUUCCAGACCCUCCCACGCUGCAGAGGGUGUCAGAGAUGACUGACACAUCAGUGCUCAUCCACUGGUGUGCCCCCAACUCAGUGGUGAUCUGGUAUCAUAUUCACUACUUGGCGGAAGGAGGAUCUGGGAACCAGUCAGUAGUGGAUAUCUAUGCUACUGCCCGGCAGCACCCCCUGUAUAAGCUGUCACCAGGCACCACCUACCAUGUUUGUGUGCUGGCAGCCAACAGAGCUGGCCUAAGCCAGCCACAGACCUCAGGCUGGAGGAGGUCAUGUGCUACCUUCACAACCAAGCCCAGCUCCGUGGUUAUCUUCUGGGGACUGUGUACCACCAGUGGCCUGUUACUGGUUAGCACCCUGGUGCUGUCUGUGUGUCUCUGGAGGCAGUGCUGGAAGCCACACAGGCAAUUCUAUGACACAAACCUGGUGGCCUUCAAAAACCCAGCCAGGGCUGAGGAAGUAACUCAGUGGUAG